UUCAUCAGAAUGAUUCGUCGGUUCUGCUGUUUACAGAGUGCGUCAACAACCUCUAUCGCUUCUACCACCGCCAAUAAGAAGCCCAUUGUCCUCUUGGGCGCACCUCAGGUGUCGGCUAUUGUCCUCGAUGCGCUUCUCAAUGCUUCUGCUUCUCCAGAUUCUUUAUUUGAGGUUGCGGCUAUUGUUACACAGCCAGCUGCUAGAAGGGACAGGGGGAAAAAACUUACGCACUCUCCCUUGGCCAACUAUGCCCUUGAUAGGGGCUUCUCUCCUCAUCUUAUUUUCACUCCCGAACGACCUGGAGACGAUACUUUCUUGUCAAAUUUUAAAGCUUUGCAACCGCAGCUAUGCAUUACGGCAGCAUAUGGGAAUAUUUUACCUACCAAGUUUCUAGACAUUCCACCAUUGGGGACAGUCAAUAUUCACCCUAGCUUGUUGCCAAUGUAUCGUGGGGCUGCUCCUGUUCAAAGAGCAUUGCAGGAUGGUGUUAAAGAAACUGGAGUAUCGUUAGCAUUCACUGUUCGUGCGCUGGAUGCUGGACCUGUCAUUGCUAGUGAAACAGUUGAAGUUGAUCAUCAAAUGAAGGCACCUGAUUUGCUUGAGCUCCUGUUUCAUAAAGGAUCCGAACUCCUGAUUGCAGAACUUCCUUCUAUAUUUGAUGGAUCAGCGAGAGUGAAAGCACAACCUCAAGAUGACUCUAAGGUUACAUUGGCUCCUAAGAUAAGUCCAGACGAAUCAUGGCUAUUCUUUGAUCAAGAAGCAUAUGUUCUACAUAAUAAGGUUCGUGCUUUUUCAGGAUGGCCAGGAACUAGAGCAAAAGUUUUGGUAGUUGAGAACAACGGUCAGCAGAAAACUUUGGAGAUUAAAAUUAUAACCACACGAGUUCGCAGUCAUGAAAGUGUGCAGUCCAAUGAAGGCGAUGAUAUUACAUUUGUUGAGGGAGCAUUGGCCUUUCCAUGUGGAAGGGGCACCACACUUGAGGUAUUGGAAGUUCAGCUUCCAGGCAAAAAGGUUGUAAAUGCGGCUGCUUUCUGGAAUGGGUUGCGGGGGCAGAAGCUGAAGAAAUUAUGAGAGGUUGUUUAUCAAAUAGAAAGGCAUAUUUUAAUUUAUGUUUCGGCUGUUUAGGCAACCGAUUCUUUUUAUUUUGAUUUGAUUCAAAUUUUUAUUUUCUUCGUUUAUUUUGUACGAUUC